AUCGAGGAAGUGUUCUGUUACAUGGCGCUGAUGCAAUUUCUCUCAAACACAUUUGUUAUUUGCUUCCUCGGAUUUAUAAUUGUAACUGUUCUCGGCUCUCCUGGCACGGAUAUCCUGAUGGUGAAGAUCAUACCUUAUUACAUGGUCGUGAAUUUAGAAGCUUUUAUACUUUGCUUCAGUGGCGAAUAUCUCAGUUCCAAAGUGAGAAAAAGGAAAGAGAAAAAUUGGUUUCAUUUGCAUAUUUCUUUGAUGGUAGAUAACCGAUUUUGGGAUCGC